CACUCCUUUUACAACUGGCAGUCUUAUCACUUGCCAUGGGCUUCUGACACUAGCACGAAUGCGCAAUACCACAAUAUUUUUGAUAUGUGUGUUGCACUUCCGGCUCUAUAUGGGUAUCAUCUGCAAGGCCUCAUUCCCUCCGACGUUAUGUCACAGAUCAGUCCUGCAUUGUCGAAUGCGACGGUCACCGACAUGAUGAAUAUCGUCGAUGCUACGACUCACUGCUUAUUGAGUACAUGUGAUCAGGCACGGAAUUCCAGUAUCUGUGAAGCAGACUGCUCGCCAACCUCAUUGCUGGUGAAUUCGACGACACCGUCGAUGGAGGGUAUCUCUAAAUGUUUGAGCACCUUGUGCGGGGGUUCACUUGCACCAGCCUUGCUAUUCGCUAAUGCAGACAUUGCUGGCAUUGGGGUAUAUAUCUCAUACACCACUCAAUGCGGUCUUGCUCUUCUGGCCUGGCUGGCCUGGACGACUUUGGAUUACUUGGAUACACCCGCGUCUCGUGCUGAACACUCCCGAAAACCACGUCGAUUGUCGCAGCAGAAGGAAAAGGUCAUUUCUGGAAUCGUCGAAUUCCACAAAGCACAAUGCUUCUUUAGCAUUCCAGUCAUGUUUGCGGCAAUGCUUUCCGGCAUAUUUCACACCAACGCCCUCAACGUCUACACACUUCUACCUAUCGCGCUGAACAGUAUUGCGCCACUGCAACUUGUCUUCUUCAUGAUUGUUCGACAUGCACGGUUCUCGAGGUACUUGGUGCUUCUGACCGCCUUCAGCUGGGUGUUGGCCAGUAUCGUGUACUGGACAUUAUACGUGCAGCUCACCCGCAAUCUAGGGUUGCCUAAAUCGGACAUUGUGCUUUUCAAUGAACAGUACAUGGUGUCACUCGCCAGCACACCCAGGUGCGGCGGAUUCUCUGCUUUGGCCGUAUGUCCGAGUGAGAUCAUCCUUGCAUGGAACAUGGGGCCCCUGACUAAGCGUAUUCGUCAUUCGAAUACAGUCCUUGGGUUUGGAGCUGGUAUGCGUUCUGCUUCAUGGCUAUUCUUACCCAGCGCAGUCUCGGAAUGAUUGCUACGAAUUCUCGGGUGAGGCAUUCAUGGCGGAAUAACAGGUACAUCAAAUUAUUACGCAAACAUCCCCGAUUUGCAAAGAUUGCACGGGACUGCCUACUGCGGACGGAGUUAGUUGUUUGCGUUGCAUUGGUAUGCGUCCAGCUGUACUACCUAUCUCUCGCAUUUGAUAUGUCGCUCGUCGAUGUCCACAAUUGGGGUUUCGGCCAAAUCAUCGCGGUUACGGUUUGGG